AUCAAAAUCCACCACACACGGCAUGGAUUCUUCCUCUCUAACGGAGAAUUCAAUCACUCUGAUCAGAUUCUCCUCGAAGCAUCCGAUGCUCCCCUGAGAAACUCUCUCUCUCGAUAGAUCAUCACACAAUGGCGAGAGUAAGAGCGGGCGAGAAAGAGGAAGGACUCGAAAAACACAUAGGAUUACUAAAGCUAGCUCAAACGCUGUCGUUUCUCCUCAUAUUCAUGGCCGGAAUCAUCAUCGGACUCGCCGCGAGCUCCCACAUCGAUCGCUACUUCAAUUCCUUACCUCAGAUGCUAUCAUCAUCAUCAUCCUCCGCAAGCCUUCAAACGAUCCCUGAUUACUCCAAUUGCACAGUCAUCCACCGCGAUUGCUCAAACGACGACGACGACGGCGGCGGCGUGAAGGCGGCGAAGAAGAAGGACGAGAUUCGUGAUUGCUGGAGCGUCGACGGGUUUGUUCGGCCGGAGGAGGUGAGACAUAGGAUGAGUGACGAUGAGCUGUUCUGGAGAGCGUCGAUGGUUCCGGUGAAGGAGGAGUAUCCGUACGAUAGGGUUCCGAAGGUUGCGUUCAUGUUUCUGGCGAGGGGGCCUUUGCCUAUGCUUCCGCUUUGGGAGAAGUUUUUUAGAGGGAAUGAGAAGUACUUGUCGGUUUAUGUUCACACGCCUCCUGGAUACGACAUGAAUGUCUCGAGUGAUUCUCCGUUUUACGAUCGGCAGGUUCCGAGCCAGGCUUCUUUUUUCACGAAGCUCGGAUUGAAAGUUGCAUGGGGAUCACCACUAUUGACAGAUGCAGAGAAGCGUCUUCUAGCCAACGCACUGCUCGACUUCUCAAAUGAGCGUUUUGUGCUUCUCUCGGAAAGCUGUGUCCCCGUCUACAACUUCACAACCGUCUACUCUUACUUGAUAAACUCUGCUUACAGUUUCGUGGACUCUUACGACGAGCCAACGCGUUACGGCCGUGGGCGUUACAGCCGCAAGAUGCUCCCAGAUAUCAAGCUACAUAACUGGCGCAAAGGGUCUCAGUGGUUUGAAGUGAACCGUAAAAUCGCCAUCUACAUCAUAUCUGACUCGAAAUACUACUCGUUGUUCAAACAGUACUGCAGACCAGCUUGUUAUCCGGACGAGCAUUACAUCCCAACUUUGUUGAACAUGUUUCACGGUUCGGUGAACGCGAAUAGAAGUGUGACUUGGGUGGAUUGGUCCAUAGGAGGUCCGCAUCCAGCUACAUAUGGGGCAGAUAAUAUCACAGAAGGGUUUCUACAGUCAAUAAGGAAAAAUGAGACUGAUUGUCUUUAUAAUGAAGAGCCAACUUCUUUAUGCUUCCUUUUUGCUCGGAAGUUUGCUCCUAGUGCCUUAGCUCCUCUUAUGAACUUGAGCUCUACAGUCAUGGGGUUUUGAGUAAACAGCUGACUUUUUCCUCUUAGGGAUGAGAUGAGAUUCUUCUACGAGAGAUAUACAUAGGUUAAUGAUCUCUUCUUCUUUUUCAUUUUUUUUUUUGUUAUUAGUUCCUUUGGUUAUGAUCUCAUGUAAGGGUUGAGCCUUUUGUAUGUAAGAGUUUUGCUUCUGCCGACCUGCAGAGCUUAGCUAAUGUAGUUAUAGAUGACCAACAUCUUAUUCUUUUUCAUCAAACAUUUUGGUAUAAUGAAAUGAUAUAGUUUGAAACUC